AAGAAGGUGUGGAGCGCGCGGCGCUUGCUGGUGCUGUUCUUCACGCCGCUCCUGCUGCUGCCGGUGCUCUUCGCGCUCCCGCCCAAGGAAGGCCGCUGUCUGUUUGUCAUCCUGCUCAUGGUGGUAUACUGGUGCGUGGAGGCCCUGCCCCUCUCCGUGACGGCCCUGCUGCCCAUCAUCUUCUUCCCUUUCAUGGGCAUCCUGCCCUCCGACAAGGUCUGCUCCCAGUACUUCAUGGACACCAACUUCCUCUUCCUCAGCGGGCUGAUCAUGGCCAGUGCCAUCGAGGAGUGGAAUCUGCACCGCAGGAUCGCCCUUAAGGUCCUCAUGUUUGUGGGGAUCCAGCCGGCCAGACUCAUCCUGGGCAUGAUGCUGACCACUUCCUUCCUGUCCAUGUGGCUGAGCAACACCGCCUCCACCGCCAUGAUGCUGCCCAUCGCCAGCGCCAUCCUCAAGAGUCUCUUUGGCCAGAGGGAGGCCGGGAAAGGACUGGUCAGGGAGGGUGAAGAGAACGCAGAGGCUGCACAGAGAAACGGCCUGCACACCGUGCCCACGGAGAUGCAGUUUUUCGCCAGCACCGAAGACAAAGAAGACCCUGAGGAGGUGGAGGCGCCUCUGGACCUGCAGACGGAGUCCAAGACGGAGGAGAAUCACCGCAGAAACAUCUGGAAGGGCUUCCUCAUCUCCAUCCCCUACUCGGCCAGCAUCGGCGGCACCGCCACCCUCACGGGCACGCUCCCCAACCUCAUCCUGCUCGGCCAGCUCAAGAGUUUCUUCCCACAGUGCGACUUGGUGAAUUUUGGCUCCUGGUUCCUCUUUGCCUUCCCGCUCAUGCUGCUCUUCCUGUUGGUGGGCUGGCUCUGGAUCUCGCUGCUGUACGGAGGACUGUCCCUAAGGGGCUGGAGGAAGAAGAAAUCUGAGUUCCAGGUGAAUGCUGAAGACAGGGCUCGAGCCACCAUACAGGAGGAAUUCCAGAACCUGGGGCCCAUCAAGUUUGCGGAACAAGCCGUGUUCGUCCUUUUCUGCUUAUUCGCCAUUCUGCUCUUCUCCCGGGACCCGAAGUUCAUCCCUGGCUGGGCCAGCUUCUUCGCCCCGGGGUUUCUUUCCGAUGCGGUCACUGGUGUAUCCAUUGUCACCAUCUUGUUCUUCUUCCCGUCCCAAAAGCCAUCUCUCAAGUGGUGGUUUGACUUCAAAGCUCCCAAUAGGGAGACGGAGCCCUUACUGACGUGGAAGAAGGUUCAAGAGUCGGUACCCUGGAACAUCAUCCUUCUCCUGGGCGGCGGCUUCGCCAUGGCCAAAGGCUGUGAGGAGUCAGGGCUGUCCACGUGGAUCGGCCAGCAGCUGCGCCCCCUGGAGAACGUGCCCCCCAUGUUGGCUGUGCUGGUCAUCACGGUCGUCAUCGCCUUCUUCACCGAGUUUGCCAGCAACACGGCCGCCACCAUCAUCUUCCUGCCCGUCCUGGUGGAGCUGGCCCUCCGCCUGCGAGUGAACCCCCUGUACGUGAUGAUUCCCGGCACUGUCGGCUGUUCCUACGCCUUCAUGCUCCCGGUCUCCACGCCCCCCAACUCCAUCGCCUUUGCCUCGGGACACUUAAUGGUCAAAGACAUGGUACGCACGGGAUUCUUGAUGAAUUUGAUGGGUGUCCUGCUGCUCAACUUGGCCAUAAAUACCUGGGCCCAGACCAUCUUCCAGCUGGGCUCCUUCCCAGCCUGGGCCAAUGUCCACUUAGCGAACGGCACAGAGCUGCCACCCACCUGGACCAAUGGCACACUGCGGACUCUCUGACACCCCACAGGGGACUUCCCAGAGGGCUGCCACCCACACCCGCUGCUAAGGAGCCAUGGGACCGUCCAGCAAUCCUUGUCUGUGAUCCAGUAGGCAGAAAGCAAGGGCAGCCUCCAGCGGUCUACUCAGGCCCACAGGCUCCUUCUCCAAACCACCUUCUCUUUCGCCCUCAUGCAUUUCAGGGCCUAGAUGGCUCCCCGAUCUGCUGCAUGAGGGACAGACUCCUUUAUCUCUGACCUCUUAUGUGACUGGGAGGCAAGAGAGCCCAACUGCAGAAAAUCAUGAAUGCCACCUCUUUGGUCCCAUUGGGAUGGCCCUCUACCCCCUUGGGCCCAGCUAAGCAGUACCCCCUGACUAACUAGUUUAGUUGUGUCCCAGGUAUCUAGUAGCUGUAACAGAAAUACAAGUGGGGGCGGGGGCUUUAACAAACGAGGGUUUGUUUUCUCACCAUUUCGGAGGCUGCAGGCCCAGACUUGGGACACGAGUUUUAGGGGCGGGCUGGCUGCUGUCAGCUCGGGAGGGAGUCCUUGUCCUCUGCUCCCAGCUGCUGGCCAUGAAGCACGGCACCUCUUGCCCUUGUCUGUGCUUCUUGGUUGCCGUGUUGAAUCUCUGUAACACUUCUAAAAGGGAUUGACCCCAAACACACCCUUACAUUCAUUAACCUGCCUCGUCACCACCACAAAGACAGCUCGUUCCCAAGUGGGACUCUGACCGCAGGCCCAGGAGUCAGGAAGUCCUACACAAAUUCAGGGGACAUCAUUCAAUCUGGAGCAAGGUGACCCUCUGGAGAGACCGUCCGUCCCUGGGAGUCCCUUUUCUCGAGAGGCAUGUCAAACGGAAGCAUUCCAGUCCAGUUCUCGGGCUGUUAGCAGCUGGUAGGCUGUUUGGUUGGCAUCUCUUCUGCCCCAGAGUGAUUUUCCACUCCUGAGGACUGGGAAGGGACAGGGUGACUUCCAGAGAAUGGUGACCGGGCAGCCUCUGGGCAGCCUCUCUGGGCCAUAAGCUCACUGGAAAGUUCUAGAACCUCCCUCCCCCUUCUCCUCCCAAGCUUUCUAGGAUUUCCCUGUUUAAUCUGAUGCCAUUUGGCUGUAACUCUGGGGUCAGCUCCAACCAGGACCCUGCCCUCUGGCGGUGACCCUCAGUGUCUCCAGCCUGGACCCUCCUGAAUGUGACCACCGCUUUUUCCUCGAGUAGGUGGGCUUCACCUCCCCACCCCGACCCCAUGGGGCAACGUGCUUGAUUCAGAAGAGAAAUUGGAGCCGGAAGCAAGGUCUCAAGGUGACCCUUUACAGAGGGCAGGACCGAGUGCUGGCUCAUGACUCCCUCACUGUGUUGGAGAAGGUGUCUGGCUAUCCCCAGGGAACAGUGCAGUUCGGGGCCGGAAAGAGGGAGAAAGGAGAGGCUGCCCGCUCUCAUAAAGUGUUACAGUCUCAGAAGCGCACAGGGGCAGUCCUACCCUGCCCUACAAGCUCUCCGGGAGUCAGGAUCCACUUGAAGGCAGGCAGUUUGGUUGGAGGCCUGGAAGCACCGGCCAGUGGCAGUGUUAGCUCACGUGCCAGCCGGAAAUGCCUGCUGUCCAAACCCACGAGCUGCUCCGAGGGAGAAAGGACCUGGAGAUGGGAUCCUCGAAGGAAUACUGCCUAGGAAACCCAGAGGUAGUUCUACUCUGUCCUACAGGGUCGCUAGGGGUUGGGGUCAGUUCCAUGGCACCCAGCGGCACCAGGUCCAAAAGGCACGUGGCAAGAGUCUGCAGAAUGAAUGGGCCAACAGUCCCUCGAAGCGCAGCCCAGGACUCGGGCCCCUCACACCCACUCCCCACCCCGGAGCUCCAAGUUCAGCCAGCAGCGUCCACAGGAAGGCAGCGCAAGGAAGCUCCGUUCCGGGCAUGGCGACCAGGGAUCCAGGCUGCUUCCCUGAAAGCAGGGAUGCGCAGGGAGGAGAGUAGAAGGAAGGCUGGGGGGCGGGCUCAGCGGGGGGCCCUUCCCAGUAGGCACUGCGUGUCCAAACCCAGUCACAGCCCGUGGGAGUGGGGUGGGGUACCCUCUAGGGGACAGAGGACAGGGAAGUUCCUUCCCAGAGAAAAACCGCAGGGGCCCUUGACCAGAUGGGCCAUGACGUCACGUGCUUCUGAUUGAACGGCUGCCAAAUAAACAAUGAAUCACA